AUGCAAGCCACGGCCGCGACACGCGUGGCGCUGCCCACCCUUGUGGACUGCCACGUGCACUUCCGCGAGCCCGGCCUGGAGGCGAAGGGCGACAUGCGGAGCGAGGCCGCGGCGGCCCACGCUGGCGGCAUCGGGGUGGUGUGUGACAUGCCCAACACGAAGCCGCCGACGCAGACCAUCGCGGCCUUCGCAGACAAGGUGCGCCGCGCCAAGGCCGUGGAGGCGUUAUGCGACAUCCGCUUCUUUUUUGGCGCCACCGCCCACGAGCACCUGCGGGAGCUGGAGGCGCUGUGGACGCAGCCGCAGCACGCAGCUCUCAAGGCUCGC